CGUUACUAUGCCCUAAUUAGUUUAUAUAGUAUGUGCAAUAUGCUUGAUAUUUACUAAAAUUAUUGAUUCUAAGGAUGAUUUAAAACAAAGGAAAUAUUCUGUGCAAAAUAUAAGGACUUCGCUUUCUUAAAUGAAACGUUUUCCAGUGAAUCCAUAAUUGAUAGCGUCCUUGCUAAAAAGGGACAAACAUUGAGAAGAUCUAGUUUUUAGUAUUUACAGUGAAGAAUGGAGGUCACUAGAGAGCAUACUUUUGCCGUCGUGUUCUUGUUUUGUCUUCAUAUCAACAGUUGUUAUGGAAUAUAUUCAGUUGAUUUACAGUUUACGUCAUAUAAUUGUGAUGAGGACGCAAGACGACUAACAGAGAGUAAAUUUUAUAAUUUAUCAUGGAAUGGACAAACUUCUCCUAAACUAUGUGAUUUUAGUUUUACUGGAGGAGAGUUCAAUAAUCAUAGAUCGUAUGAAGUCUGUUUUGAGUCAUUGCUAUUUGAUUUGCCGUCUUCUUCUGGUAAUGUGGAGCUGCAAGUACAAAAUAAAACGGGAAGUGAAUGGUCAUAUACUAGUGCUGACAGAUUUAUAGAGAAAACCUGUGUAAAACAGGCAUACGAGUUAAGCAUGUCCAUUAUUUUACCAAAUGGAUAUACAGAGCCAACACAAAAGACCUAUCUCAUCAUUAAAGUGACAGCCUCUCGUUUAGAAGAAGAACCAGCUGUAACAGUCUCCAGCAUUAUUUUAACUGUGUUUUCUGUUGCGAUAUUUAUUGGGUGUGCAUGUGGUAUGUUUCGCUGUUUUAAGUCGGAUACGGGACCUAGUGGCGUCCUUUCAUGUAUUGGUGAAGCGUUAUCAUAUUGUUUGAGAUGUAAAUGUUUUGGUGAUUGCAACUGUAGAGACAAUUUAUCAUCAUGUGACUGUGACGAUAUACUCAAGCCCUGCGGAGAAUGCUGCUCUGCAUGGGCGGGAUGUUGUACAACACUCGUGUUAAGAGUGAGAGGCGAGAGUCCUCAAAAUCAUUCGUCGGAAACGACAGAAAUGGAUUCAAUACCACAGGAGCCGGAACAGAUUAGCGUGUCGUCUUUAAUACUUGAACCUACCGGACCGCCACCGAAUUACCAUUCAUUACAAGGAGAUCCAUUAGCGCCUCCUCCAACCUAUGAAGUCGCUACAGGUUAUAAACUACCUUCAGCUCCUCCGAUCAAGUAUUAAAUAUUAUAAUACAAUCACCCAUGACGAGAAAGAGAGAGAGCGAGCGACAAAAAAAAAAUAGUUGUGUAUUGUGGCAUCUUCUAUAUAUAAAAACUAUGAUGACAUGA